AUGCAAAAUAAAGCUGUUAAAAUAAGAGAUCCAAUUGCCCCUCCACCUAUAUUUCAAUCACCUCAACAAUAUAAAGAAGAUAGGUGGUUAUAUGAUAUGGGCUUGGUUGAUGACGAAACUUGGAAAAGAUUCUAUCCAAAUGAACCAUUCCAAAGAUUUUGUCCAAAGACAGAAAAAGCUAAAAAAUAUGCCGAGAUGAAAGAGUAUGCAGAAAGGGUAUCUCAACGAGAUUUUGAUAGAAUGGAUUAUUAUAAAUGGGAUGAAUUAGAUUCAAAUGUAAUGCUUAAUGGUGGGAAAAAUAGCAAAGAUGUCGAGGAAGCACUUUAUAAAAUAAUCAAUAUAGCUCUCAAGCAAGGAAAGCUUAAGGAUAGGAAAGCAUCACAAAUUUAUUCAAGAUAUUUAAAUAAAUUACAGAGCAUGUCUAACACAGAGUUUAGGGAAACAUUGGAUAAGAUUACGAAAUAUUUCCUAAUUAUUAGAGACGAAUUAGUUAUCGUUGCCCAACAAAGUUUUUCUAUAAUUAAAGGCUCCACUAAUCAAAUAUAUCAGCAUGCAAAGUGGAAGCAAAGAGAAAAAGCUUUACGUGCCAAGCAUGUAAAUUACGAAACUGAAUGUGCUAAGUAUGCAAGAUUAAAGAAAAAAGAUAAAAAUUUACGCGCUAAUCAUGCAAAGUUAAAGCAAAGAUUUAGACUCUUGGAACAACAAGUUAAUCAACCAUUAGCAAACAUGGCUACACUAGAACAUGUAAUGUUAGCAUUAGCACCACUUGUUGCUCAAAUCCCACUAUAUACUGGUCAGGAACCACCAGAUGCUUAUAUCGAUAAAAUGGAACAACUAUUCACAUAUGGAACUGCAUUAAAUGUUGCCGGUUUCAAUGCAGCUGUAAAAACAGAUAUUUUGAAAUCGAAAAUCCAUGAUAAUGUUCAAACUCAGAUUAUGCCUGUUAUUCAACCAGCUAUGCCUAUUACGCAACCAGUUACUAAUCCAACUCAAAAUAUCAUAAAUAGUAAUCAACAAGUUAUUGACCAGUUAAAAUCAUUAAUAAUGCAAAAUAAAGCUGUUAAAAUAAGAGAUCCAAUUGCCCCUCCACCUAUAUUUCAAUCACCUCAACAAUAUAAAGAAGAUAGGUGGUUAUAUGAUAUGGGCUUGGUUGAUGACGAAACUUGGAAAAGAUUCUAUCCAAAUGAACCAUUCCAAAGAUUUUGGGUCUAG